UGAUGUCGCUGUUGUCAGUGGAAAAAUAAAGUCUUUCCAUUGACAGACGAAUGACAACACUGCCACGGCCCUUCCUACUAAACCAAUUGAUAAAGCUCAAGAAAAACUCUAGAGAUCUUCAGGACGGCAUCCCAAGGUAGUUCUGUAUGAGACACUUAGAGAAACAACAGCAUGGCAGAUGACAAGGACGUGCUAAGAGACGUGUGGUUCGGCCGCAUUCCUACUUGCUUCGCACUCUACCAGGAUGAGGUCACGGAGAAGGAGGCCGAGCCUUUCUAUCUGCUUCUGCCCAGGGUUAGCUACCUGACCCUAGUCACAGACAAGGUGAAGAAGCACUUCUUGAAGGCGGUGAAGCCAGAGGACGUGGAGGAGAUGUGGUUUGAGUAUGAGGGAACGCCGCUCAAAUGGCACUAUCCAAUCGGAGUUCUGUUUGACCUCCAUGCCCUCAACACUGCGCUGCCCUGGAGCAUCACUGUGCACUUCAAGAACUUUCCAGAGCGCGACCUGCUCCACUGCCUGUCAAACUCGGUGAUAGAGGCACACUUUAUGUCCUGCAUCAAAGAGGCAGACGCACUGAAACACAAGAGCCAAGUCAUCAACGAUAUGCAGAAGAAAGACCACAAACAGCUGUGGAUGGGCCUGCAGAAUGACAAGUUUGAUCAGUUCUGGGCCAUGAACCGGAAGUUGAUGGAGUAUCCCACAGAAGAGGGGGGCUUCAGGUACAUCCCCUUCAGGAUAUACCAGACGAUGAGUGACAGGCCGUUCAUUCAAAAACUGUUUCGGCCCGCCUCGCCUGAGGGCCACACACACACACUGGGGGACCUGCUGAAGGAGAUGUAUCCUGCAGCCAUCGCACACGACGGAAGCGGGAGUUUCUAAAGAUUCAACAACCCAUGUUUGAGCAGACGGGAGCGGGCCACCAGAGUUCCACUCUCACAGAUACAGUGUGACGCUCAGGCUUGGAGGUGGGUGGGGUAAUAGUGGUAGUCAACCGAAGGAAGAGGAGAGGGAUGAAAGUAAAAGAGAAGAGACGGAGAGAUAAAGAGGGAGGAAAGAGACUGUAGGAUGCGUCAGUGUUUUGGUGUGUUUGGAACAUGUGCCUUGGAGAUUCAGGUGGAGGUAACCAGGAUGAGAAGAGAAAGAUAAGAACAGAUGAGAUGAAAGGGGAAAGGAGGCCUUUAAAGGUGAGCAGUGAGACACGGCAGUGUCUUUGGAGUCUGAACACAAAGGAAUAGUAAACAUUCAUCUGUAUAGAUAGAGAGCGAGAGAGAAGAGAUCAUGCAGACAACUUCAGAAGCCAUGGUGAGUGGGGACAAAGAGACAAAGGUAUUUUUAUGACGCAAAUCACAUCUUAGACAGAAGUUAGAAUGGUAUUUUUAUGACGCAAAUCACAUCUUAGUCUCUGAUACACUUAUAACCAAUUUGUGUGUAUUUAAUUUGCUUUACUCCGUUACCUCUCUGGUCAGAUUUCAGACAAUGAGGGACAGGCGGUUCAUUCAAACACUGUCUCGCCGCUCGCUCACUUCUAGCAGUACACACACACACACACACACACACACACACACACACACACACACACACACACACACACACACACACACACACACACACACACACACACACUCCCCCUGUGUUACCUCCUUGGGACACACACAGACACACGGGCCUGCAACAAUACUACCUUUCUACAAUGCACCCACAUAGAGAAUACAAUGGCUCUCGUAUACCAAGAAAGUUAGCCCACAACAUAUUCAAACUGUCCUCUAACAGACCACCCGUAACCGUGCAUACAAGCAGGGAUGACACAGUUGGGUCACAGUAUUCCCAGGUAGACAAUACGUAAAACCAGAACAACAAGUCCUCUCACAGAUGCCCAUGUGUCACGCUGCAUACAGGGAACAGGAGGGAGAGCGGGAAGGAAGAGAGGAGAGGGGGAGGUGGGAGGGUGAGGUUCGGAUCAGAGCCAGGGAGGGGGCAGAUGGGGGAGAGAGAGAGAGAGAGAGGGCGGAGUGAACCCGCAGUCAAAACAGGCCUGUGUCUGGGGAAGCGGAGGGAGGAAGCCGGUGGAGGGACAAUAGGUUGUUAGGACAGAGAGCCCGCACAGGACCCACCGGCAUGGAGGAGUCAACAAUCAGUGUUAUUAAGAACGCCUCCUCCUCCUCUUUCACUUAUCUGUCUGGCUACCUACCUGCCUGUCUGGCUACCUGUCUGAUUAGCAUUCUGACAAGAUGUGUACUUACAUGGCUAUGAGGUGAGCUAUGUCGAUCUGUGGCUAUAAAUAUAUCAUGGUAUGGUGCUCUACAUAGCUUUGAAUGACUAUUUGUUUAAACAUUUGUCUCUCUGUCUGCAUGGUUUCCUGUCUGAUUAUCAUUCUGACAAGAUGUGUGGGUGGGCUAUCAAUGGGACUACAUUGCUAUAUAAAUAAAUUAAUAAAAUAAAUGCAUAUAUAUAUAUAUGAAUAAAUAAAUAAACUGCUUGGCACUAUUCACAGGUUUGUACGGCUACCUGUCUGAUAAAUAACACGCCGCUAGAGUCAGCCAGCUACCAGUUGACUGCUAGUUCUGUCCAGACUCUAAUUAACUGUCUGUUUCCGUUCUUCUGUCUGCAUGUUUGCUAUGUAAUCAUCAAGCAGCUAUCUCCCGUAUAUCUGUCCCCUUAUCUUCCUUUAUAUGUGCCCACCUUUGUCCAGCUGGUUUUUAAAGUUAAAUGCUAAUGUUAAUACUGCUCCAUGUUACUCCUUAUACAUUUGGCUUGACUUGUUUCACUUUACCAGACUCCUUCUAUGUUAUCCCUCUGCAUGUUUAAUUCAGCAUUGCGUUGAUGGUUUUAUUUCUACCUAUCGCAAAUCAAAUCAAACUCUAUAUUUAUAUAGCACCUUACAGCACUCACUCUUUCCAUUUCUCUCCGGUGUAUUCUCUUUUGCAUCUCUUCCCUCUGUUUUCUUCCCUCUUUGUCUUUCAUGUCUUUGAGGAUGAACCCCCUUUCCCCUGCCCUCCUCCUUCUCUUGUUCCUCCUCCUGCUCCUCCUCACUAGAGGAGUCUGCCGGCUGCGCUUGGCUGAUCACAGGGAAAGUUGUGCUCCUUUUGUGUCCCGGCCCCUUGUUUGGUUUCCGUCUCUCCCUCGUCUCGUAGAUGAGGGGGCCCGAUACCCCGGGAUUAUGCCGGUGUGUUUGGAUUAGACAGACCCGGGGCGUGUGUUUCAGAGGGGUGCUUGUAUCUGCGUGCGUGUGUGAUCUGAUUUAUAUUUUUUUUCUGUGAGGGUGGUAGGGAGGGUCACACAAAGCCGAAGAUCUACGGCUCUGUUUCUCCUCUGUGAUCUUCCAAACAUCAAAUAAAGUUUUAUUUGAAUAGAC